UUUUUUUUUUUUUUUUUUCUAUAUUACUAUUGGUAGCAUUACUACAUACCCCUUACCUCGAUACUCUCUAUAUGAAAUCCGAGGGAAAUGUAAUGCAUUAUUCUUUUCGAGCUAGACUCAUAAUGCUCGAUCGAUCGACUAUGAAGAACUAUAUCACAAUCGACUAAUUACUAGGUACCUAACCUAAGGUAAAAGGCGGCUGGGCAAAGAAAACUCAAUGAUGAGGAUGAGGAUGAGGAAGAUGAUAUCUAGAUUAAUCUACAGAUGUAGCCGUACCUAUAUAGGUACGUUAAGAAUGGAAAUGGAAAACAAAUCAAUCCACCAUAACCGCUGAAGCUGGUAAUUAUUUACACGAUGAUGACGACACAGCCAAGACUCGCAACUUGCUUUGGAACAUCAAGAAAUCGGCAACAUGCGGAAAUACUUGUUAAUGAGUCCCACUAUCUUAAAGUAUUCUUAUCGAAUAUUUGCCCUGGCUCUUUCAAUUGUAAUAAAUGAUGUACAUCCAAGUCAGCUCACCAUUAUAUUAUCAACAACUACAUCAUGUCAACCCCACUGUACAGCGAGAUAGCCCACGCCGCACAUAAUAUUACCGCCCCUUUUCAGUCGAAGAAGCGUGAGAACGAAAUUGAUGUCUCCGAAAAGGGGAAGUCGACACAACGUAGUGAGGCUAAGCGACAAAAAAAGCUUGAGAAAGCAGAGAAACGCCAGCAGGAACAAGAAGAGUUAGAAGAGCGUUACCAACAGGAAGAUGAGGUAGCGGAGCAGGAAGAAGACGAGGAAACUAAAGUGCGUUAUGGCGAAAAUGUUCAUCCUCACGAGCUAUUCUCGAUCGCGCAGGUUGUCAGUCUGCCAAUAGGGUCUGAAGUCAAUUUCCGUGCUAGAAUACACACCCAGAGACGGGUGUCUCGAGCUUUAGACUUCUUACUAUUUCGGAAUCAGACAGAUUCCAUCCAGGGAGUCCUCUCGCACGCUUCACCACAUAUGAUACGAUGGGUGCAGAGACUCAACCCCGAAUCCCUUGUCCAUGUCACCGGAACGCUACAGAAGCCGGAACAGCCCGUCACAUCUGCGACGUUUCCGGAUGUGGAAGUCAAGAUUUACUCCAUACAUCUUAUUAACUCGGCCAACGAACUACCCUUUGAUAACUAUGAACCCCCUGAAGCACUUCGUCAACGCCUAUCCGGUCGUGUAGUAGACCUCCGGCACCCGAGUAAUCAGGCCGUCUUCCGAGUCCGCUCUAUGAUCGUACGGAAGUUCCGUGAAGCUUUGGAUGAUCAGGGCUUUCUAGAAAUUCAAACGCCCAAAUUGCAACCUGCAGCUACCGAGAGCGGCUCGGAAGUCUUCAAAGUGCAGUACUUUGGCAGGACCGCGUUUCUAGCACAGAGUCCGCAACUUGCCAAGCAAAUGGUCAUAUCAGGAGAUUUUAAAAAGAUCUACGAAAUCGGUCCCGUGUUUCGUGCAGAAAACUCAAAUACACACAGGCACUUAACAGAAUAUACUGGACUUGACAUGGAAAUGUCCCUGAGGGAGUCUUAUAAAGAGCUCAUUGAGACAGUUGAUAAAGUUCUCAAAACCAUAUUUGCUGCCGUAAAAUCCAUGCCCGAAUUACAUAACGUUCGGGAGAGGUGGCCUAGUAAGGACCUAGUCUGGCUAGACGAGACUUUGAUCAUGCCAUUUCGCGAGGGAAUUCAGAUGCUCCGGGAGGAUGGGAGAGAAGUUGGGGAGGAAGACCUCUCUACAAAAGAUGAAGUGCGUCUCGGCGAACUCGUAAAGGAAAAGUACCACACUGAUUACUACAUAUUGGAUAAAUUUCCGGCGAACGCCAGACCAUUUUAUACGCAUAAAGCCGAGGACCCGAAAUGGACGAAUUCGUUUGAUAUAUUUCUGCGCGGCCAAGAGAUAUGCACGGGCGGACAGCGCAUACACGAUGCAAAAGAACUUCGGGCGAGCAUGGCAGAGGCAAAGAUCAGCGAGCAAGGCAUGGAAGAGUACCUAGCUGCGUUUGAUCACGGGCCGCCGCCUCACGGAGGAGCCGGUCUGGGUCUAGAGCGAAUAGUGAUGUUUCUCCUCGAACUAGACGACGUGAGAAACGCCUCGCUAUUUCCCCGCGACCCUAGAUCGCUCCCGGCACGUCCGCCAAGUCUCCCCCACCCAGGCGCGGAUACCACGAUGCCUCGCAAUCCAAAGGACGAAUACCCGCCCGUUGAAAACUUAAUUGCUAACUACGGUGAUGCAACGAACACCUCGUGGCUGGAUGAGCGCUUUGAAAUCUGGCGACACACCACCGGAGCCGCGGUCGGCUUCGUGAAACAAGCUGGGAAAUUCGCCAUGAUAGCCGGCGACCCGCUUUGCGAUAUGAGCCAAUACCGCGAGGUCAUCACCUCCUUCGUGGACUUCGUGUGCAAGGACCUGGAGCUCACUCCUGUCUGGAUGCUCGUGUCCGAAGACGUGCAGCAAGUUCUAGGCGAGAAGCUAGGCUGGCGAACGCUCAGCUGCGCCGAGGAACAACGCAUCGACGCCGACGACCAUCGUAACGCGGCUAAGCAGCAAGACGCGCGAAAGGUCCAGCGCGAGGGUAUCGUGGUUCGCGAGGUCGUCGAUCCGGACGAAAGCUUCGUGCGAAGGGCUGACGAGGCGAUCCGCGAGUGGCAGGCCGCGCGCCGGGGAAAGGGGAAACAGAUCCAUUUGACGGAGGUACGACCGUGGGUAGACCGAGAGCACAGGCGAUAUUUCGCCGCCGAGAAAGACGGCGCGGUGCUCGGGCUCGUGGUGCUGGCGCAGCUCGCGCCGCGGCACGGAUGGCAGGUGAAGUGGGCGUUCGACUUCCCGCGCGCGCCCAACGGCGUCAUCGAGGUCCUGGUCGAGACGGCGCUGUCGGCUCUCCGCGGGCCGGUGACUUUCGGCGCCGGGGUCUCGGAGCGGUUGACGCCAAGGGCGCGGCUCGGCGGCGUGCGAGCCAAGUUCCUGGAGAGCGCUUACAACGUCAUCGUCAGAAACCUCCGGCUUGGCGGCAAGGCGCAGUUCAGGGAGAAGUUCGGCGCGCUGGGCGAGCAGGUAUUUAUCUGCUACCCGCGGCGUGGGCUGGGGGUUACGGAUCUCCAGCAGAUUGUCAAGUUCUUCGAGGACUGAGUUAUGCGGAUUUAGGAUAUUAUGUAUGGUGCUUACGUCUAGGCCCUGACCUACAGCAGCAGCAAGCUAGAUUUUUUUUAUUAUUAAUUUUUUUUAUGCAGCUUUGGCUUGGUGAUUUUCGUUUCGGCUUAAUUCCGCGACUCUAUGCAUUUAUUGCCGCCUAUCCGUCUUGAUGUAUAUAUGACCUACAGCAUACUAGGUCUGAGCUUAACUCCGGUGCUUGUUUGUGAUGGAGAUAUGAGAUAGCAUAGGAUAUCAUGGCUAAAAAUAUGUAUUCGUCUUAUAAUAGUUGAUAUUGGUAAAAUAGGAACUUUGGACUAAUAACCUAUGUUCAUGACACUGACGCCCUCCAUCGAGGCCCGGUAUAAAUCGAUUAUUUCCGAAUUAUUCUAAUCCAGGUAGUCCAAACUUGCUGGAGAAGAGGUCCGACUAAAUGAUUAACGAGGUUGGCAUGUCGGUGUAGAGCAUAGCUAUAUUCCCAGAUAUAUUCCCGUCGGCAUAAAAUCUUACUGCUGACCGAC